GAUAUUUUGCGUCAGGUUUUCUUGUUUCUCCACACAGCAGCACCAUGUCGGGACGCAAGCCCAUUAUUGGUGUCAUGGGACCUGGCAAGGCGGACACAGCAGAGAACCAGCUGGUGAUGGCCAACGAGCUGGGCAAGCAGAUUGCAACGCAUGGCUGGAUCUUGCUGACUGGGGGUCGUAGCCUUGGGGUCAUGCACGAGGCUAUGAAGGGCGCCAAAGAGGCAGGAGGCACCACGAUCGGUGUCCUUCCUGGCCCGGACACGUCAGAGAUCAGCGACGCUGUGGAUAUCCCCAUCGUGACGGGCUUGGGCUCCGCACGCGACAACAUUAACGCGCUGAGCUCCAAUGUCCUGGUGGCUGUGGGCAUGGGACCGGGCACGGCGGCGGAGGUGGCGCUGGCGCUCAAGGCCAAGAAGCCCGUGGUGCUGCUGGGCACCCAGCCCGAGGCGGAGAAGUUCUUCACCAGCCUGGACGCGGGGCUGGUGCACGUGGCGGCGGACGUCGCGGGCGCCAUAGCGGCCGUCAAGCAGCUGCUGGCGUAGGGGACGGACUGAGAGCACAUGGGGGGAACAUGAGGCCUCGAAAGGUUGGUGUGCAGGUGGUGUGGCGGCAUGGGCUGCUUUAAGGUUACCGGUAUGGGAGCUGGGGGAUCGCUGUGGCCUGGUUGGUUCUGCACCUCCGUGGCUGUCGGGUUGUUGGGUGUCUGCAUUCGGAUGAAAUGCGUGGGUAUCAGACUAUCGAAUUAACUACGCGGCAGCAGUGUGGGCCUGGCGUGACGCAUGCCAGGAUGCAUGGAAAGCUCCCGGCCAUGACGAAGUUGGGGACCUGGGGGGCCUUGCAAUGUGGUCCAGGCCUCAUCCAUUGUGUGAGCAAUGCGAACUGCAACGCUGCCGGCACUGUGUGGGGUGUGCGGUGCGUGAGCAGUGGAUUGGACGUUGAAUCUGCGUGGUGUUAAGGGCCUGCUCACAAUGUCAGUAAAAGGAUAUUGUCCAAAUCACUUGGGUUCGGCGCCACAUCACCACAUGUCCGAGAAUUCCCGCACAGCUACACGCGGGACGCCGGACGUAAGCCCGACAUGGCCCCGGCCCAUGGGGGUGUGCCACCCAGUGGGGUUCACCUGUAUGAAAGGCCGGCCGGGCGUCCGUGUAGACUGCGCACUGGAAUGAGUGCGGCAUGCUUCAUUGCUUCCAAGCUUGCCUGCGUUGCGAUUUCAGCUGGGUUGAGCCGCUGCCCCAUGUGCCGGCCCUGCCGGGGCUCUGCAUGCCACAAUGCCAGCAAGUACUUAUGAAUGGCCCCAC